AUGGCAACCAAUACAAUUCCAUCAAUUGAGACAUUACCAGUCGAGAUAUUUCAUCGGAUUUUUGAUAAUCUUAAUGCGCAAACUAUUUUAUUCUCAAUUCGGCCAGUAUGCCGAAAAUUUAGAGCAGUUGUUAGUACUUAUGAUCGAUUUAGUUGUGAUUUCAAAUCUAUUUCACAGUCAGAUUUUCAUCUACUUUGUCGAUUAGUUAAUCCUCAAAAUGUUAUAUCAUUAACAUUAUGCAACAAUGAUCAUACUCCAGAUCAACUAGCUUUAUUUAUUAUAUUAGUUCGUCUUCGACAAUUUACUCGACUUCAUUCCGUAACUUUUCUUGGUAUAGAUGAAGUUCAAUUUAAUGAAUUUUUAAAAAGUAUCAGUGUAGAUUCAUUAACUUCAUUUUCGUUGAAUAUUCAAAAUUACGACAACAGACGAAAAAAAACUACAUUAAAUCUUCUUUUAUCAAUUGUGUCCCAGAAGCGUCUUAGAAAACUUGAACUAGGAAUAAACAAUGAUCGACUAGCGAAUGCAUCAUGGCCUUUAAAUUGUACAAUUGAAUAUUUAGUUAUAAAUGAAAAUAUUACUUAUGAUAAUAUCUAUAAUAUGUUAGUCAGUUUCGUCCAGUUACAUACACUUAUUAUCAAACAAAAUUUUUCCAUCACGAAGAAUAUAAUUGUAACAAAUUUUUUUCCAAAAUUGACUUCAUUAACUAUAGAAAAACUUAGUACAACAGUAGAUAAAUUUGAAUCAUUUCUUUCAAUGACACCAUCACUUGUUAAAUUGAAAAUACUUGGUGAAGGUUGGAUAUUGAAUGGUAAACAAUGGGAACAAAUCAUUCAGAUACACCUUCCUCAUUUACAUAACUUUCAAUUUUUCGUUAGUGAUAAUAAACCACGUGCUCAAACUCGUGAUGAUCUUCAAUUAAUUAUUGAAACAUUUCAAAGCUCAUUUUGGACUGAACAUAAAAAGUGGUUUGUUGCUUGUGACUUUAUUAGAGAUCGACCACAUAAAAUUCAACUUUAUUCAAUACCAAUUUGUAAAUAUGUUGAUCGGUAUGAAGUAAGCUCAGAGAAAGUUUUUAUUUCUAAUUCUACAAUUAAAUUCCACAAUGAUCCAUUAAUAACAAAUAAUAUCAAUGAACUUAUUUUGCCUUUGAAAGAAACAACAACUGGGUAUUUGGAUAAAGGAGUAUGUUAUAUAUUUAUAAUAUGCAUUUUAAUGAAAUAGAUAUAUUUAUUUUCUAGGAGAUAAUAAGAAUAGGUCCUUUGUUUCCUGCAGUUACUAAACUUAUUCUUAAUAUUAAUAGAGAACAGUCUUUGCAGUCAAUGAGCUUUUUUUCAUCAAUAAUCAAUCUUUCACAAAUAGUUCAGCUCAAAUUAGAAGGUGAUUCUUUGAAUAUGAAAAAUACAGAUAUAUUACUGGAUAUAAUAAGGAUGAUUGAACGAUUAUCUAAUCUAACAUCAUUGAUGAUUAAUAGCAGUUAUCAUAAAAAGGAAUUGUACCCACAUGCGAAUGCUUUAUAUUCAAUACUUCCACAUCGAAUAAAACACUUACUGAUACCAAUCAAUCGAUUAGAUCAAAUUAAAAUCAUUUUAGAGCGAUGUCAGUAUCUGCUAACAGUACAGUUUGUGACAGUGUCUUCAACAUUUUCUGACGAAGUUUGUCGAUGGUUUACUCAAAAUACGAUUGAUUCAACAUUUCGAAAACAUAAAGAUUAUGAUAUUGUAUGGAUUGGAAAGAAAAUCAAUGAAACUAAAGUUCAUCACAAACGAAUCAAGUUAACUGACAAUAUAUUUGACUCUUAAAAUAUUUUAUUUCGUCAUAUCAUAUUGAUCAGAUGAUCAAGAAGGAUAUAAUAAACUGGAUAAAUCUCGAUUCAUAGCUUCGAACAUUCUAACCGUAAGUGUAUACUCAAAGAAAUAAAAUAUUUUAGUUUUCUUAGUAAAAACACAAUUAUCAAGUUGUACUGUGAAGUAUAAGAAAAAACAUUUUGUUUCCUUAAUAAUUGCUUUAAAUCACAUCUGAUUAAUCGUAAUAGCGAUGUCACUGGUGGUCCCACAAAAUUCAUGUUUAGUCCAUUAAUUAAUUCAACCUACUUAUUCAACAGCUAGAUGUAUAUGCAACGGAUUCUAUCCAUCACUAUUCUUCACGCUCACAUCCAGGACCGUUUCUUAAGCACACAUAUUCAUGUGUAUGCACACUAUCGGUUCGAUUUCCUGUCUUUAUGCCAGUUUGUUAUCUUUUUCCUGUUUGUAUGGCAUAAGUUAGGUCAUUCUUUGAAUAAAGGAUGUGCGAGUUAGUCGCAUCUUUGCAAGACAGAUGAUCUUUUCUAGAUUAAACAUUCUACUUUCUCUAAAGAGUAGUCAAACAAGUUCGGUUUCACACAAUACAACUUAUGCUGAGGAAUGUUGACUUCGUUACCCCAUAAGUGGUCUAUAUAUUGUAAAAGUUGAGAUUUUUGAGUGGAUUUGGUGUAACGAGUUUAUUACGCCUCAAUAAACUGGUGUGCUAUUAGCGCAAGGGGGAAACAGCAGAUUUCAAGAUUUCAAGAGAUUUCAAGGGAUUUCAAGAGAUUUCAAAAGAUUUCAAGAGAUUUUUUAGAGAUUUCAGAAACUUUGGGAGAUUUGCAGCAAUUGCAAUUAACCCAUUGGGCCCGAUGGGGUCCACCGGUGGACCCCACUAUAUUUUAACAAGAAAUUUAGUAGAAAAACGCUUUCUUUUCUUUUAUUCUUAGGUGGAAGGUUACACAUAAUGUGCGAUCUGCUUUGCCUUCGUUAUUUUCAAAAUCAUUUGUUAC